CACCCACAAAAUACUCACACAGAGAUGAGAGAUGUUCUUCCACCUAUAAAAGGUCGGUAAAAUCACUUAGGAGGUUCAUACUCUCUUCUAUUCGUAGCUCCACGUAACUGAAAUUUCACAAUUUCGGCUUCUGAGAGAGGUAAGAACCAAGAACUAGAGAGGAAAACACAAAGCAAAAAGAAGAAAGAAUGAAGCGAGCUUCGUCUUUGCCCAUAUUGAAAACUGUUGAAGGAACUCAUCACGUAGAUGUCAAUAACAAAGGGAAGGAAAUACUUGAAGAUGAUUCCAAUGACGAUGAGAUCAUUGACUCCGAGAAAAUUAGCGAACCUGUGAGAUGCAAAACAAUACAAAAAUGGGAACCCACUUCACGAGGGGAAGAGUUUUCUUGGGGAAAACAGGGGAUAUGGAAGCGAGAGCAGAUAAACAGAGCAGCUAGAUUAGAGAAACAGCUAAAAGCAAGAUGGGCCGUCGACGGACUAAUUGAGGAAGAACUUAACCGCUUUCGGGCCCAAUAUAACACGGCCAUGGUCCCAACCAAACUCAAGGAUGUGGCCCAAUUAAUCAUGCCCAAAUGGACUCCUUCACCAGAACUAGCCACAUUGACCUGGCUAGGCGAUUGGCGGCCCUCCACAAUCUUGGGCCUGCUUUGUCACUUGGCUCACUCUUCUGCUUUAGAAUCAGUUCCCAUUGAGGUGGCGUUACCGCAAUUGAUCAACGAAUUUCGAAUUGAAGAGGCAGUGAUUGAUGAGGAAAUGGCUGAGAUCCAGGCUAAUUGUAUCUUCCAUUUACCAUUUGGCCCAAAGGCCCAAAAGGGUGAGAGUGCAAUGGCUUGCAUACAAUCUGAAUUUAAGAAGAUCCACAGGGUUAUUACUAAGGCCCAAAACCUGAGGCUAAAGGCAAUGGAAAUGGUGGUGAAGAAAGUGUUAAGCAGAACAGAUGCAGCAGAGUUCUUGAUUGCAUUUGCUGGAAUUCAAGAUUUAGUUCACCAAUGGGCUACCCAACAGAAAAUGCGCAAAGGUCCAGUUUGUAUACGUACUAAAGCCCUGAAGUCUGGUAGCUCACUGAAGCAAUAAGAAGGCCCAUGAUCCAACUUAGAGAAGUUCGUAAGGAGAAUCAUAUUAUGAUUGAUGCUUUUCCAAAUUGUAAUCUCGGUAGCACUUUUAAGGGGGGUUGUAUACGUUUAGGAUUUCAUUGUUUCUUUUAAAACAAUGCCUCAACUUUAGCAUUAGCUUUUUAUGGGCAGAACUUUUUGAGCUUUACUCUUAAAAACAGUCUUUGUGUAACUUCGUAUAUACUUCUAAUAUUUCAAUUCCUAACACUUGAAUAGUUUUGUAUACGUAGUAAUACCGU